AUGGCACUGGUGGCAGCCUUCGUCAUGAGUGCGUACGCGGCGUCCGCGCACCGCGCCGCCUCCAAGCCGUUCAACCCGCUGCUAGGCGAGACCUACGAGUGCGUGCGCGAGGACCGCGGCUUCCACUUCGUGGCGGAGCAGGUCGGUACGGUGCUGAUGCAACAAUGUACUCCACACCGAACGCAUGGCACUGGUGGCAGCCUUCGCCGUGAGCGCGUACGCGGCGUCCGCGCACCGCGCCGCCUCCAAGCCGUUCAACCCGCUGCUAGGCGAGACUUACGAGUGCGUGCGUGA